CCACAACUACGAGAAUGUCGCAUAUUCAACGAUAACAAUGACUUCAGAAGGCAGAAUAAAGAGCAUCAGUCGCAUCGGCGCUUCUGCUGCACAGCUGGAAGCCCAAUCGCAAUCAAACCCUCCUGCACAUUUGACUGCUAAAGAACGCGAAGCUGCAGAAGCUGAACGACGAGCGCUAGAAGCAGAGAAGGAGUAUGGGCGGGGCAAGAAAAUAAACACGAAGCGCGUCAAAGAUGUAAAAAUGCGGCGGCAGUUGAGCCAGCUCGAGGGAAAAUUUAGACAGGCUGCGGUUCGAGCGAAAGAGGCGGAGAUCCUACAUGAGCAUGAAGCUGGGUUUAUAGAGGCAGAAGGGGAAUUGGAAAGGACGUUCAAGGUACGGCAGAGUGAUAUCAAAGCCGCUGUCAGUAUUGAGACAGCCAAGAAGGGCUUUGAGCUGAAGCUCGAUGACCUUGGGCCAUACAAGGCAAGGUAUUCCCGCAACGGACGCGACCUACUUCUUGCGGGCGCAAAGGGACACAUUGCCACUAUGCAGUGGCGCGAUGGAAAGUUGGGUUGCGAGUUACAGCUUGGUGAACAUGUGCGCGAUGCCUGCUGGCUACACAACAGUAAUUCGUUCGCAGUCGCGCAGGCAAGAAAGGUGUAUAUCUACGACCAUGCCGGAGUAGAAUUGCAUCAGCUAGACAACCACACGGAUCCGGUGUUCCUCGAAUUUCUGCCCUAUCACUUCCUGUUGGCGAGUCUAGGCAAUCACGGCUGGCUAAAGUAUAUGGACACGUCGACUGGUAAAUUUGUAUUCGAGACGUCCACGAAAAAGGGCACACCUACUGCUCUCGCUCAAAAUCCUUACAACGCGAUAUUGCAUUCUGGUCACCAAAAUGGCGUCGUCCAGCUUUGGUCCCCUAACUCGGCCUCACCCUUGGUCAAGAUCCUCGCACACAAAGGUCCUGUACGGAGCAUUGCAGUAAACAGGACAGGCCACUUUAUGGUCACUACAGGCAGCGACAUGCGUAUGGCCGUGUGGGAUAUCCGAGCAUUCAAGCCUGUGCACAAUUACCACCUCCGCCAGCCAGGCACUUCUGUCGCUAUAUCCGACCGUAAUCUCGUAGCUGUCGGGUGGGGCACACAGACUACUGUAUGGAAAGGCCUCUUCGACCGUGCAAAGUCGGACCAAGAGCGCUCAGGUAGUCCUUAUCUACAAUGGGGUGCAGAAGGAAAGCGUGUUGAAAGCCUUCGCUGGUGUCCUUAUGAGGAUGUCCUUGGAAUUGGGCAUGACCGGGGUUUCUCUUCAAUGAUCGUUCCUGGAGCGGGAGAACCAAACUUCGAUGCCUUGGAAGUGAAUCCUUACGAAACCGUCAAACAACGCCAGGAAAAUGAAGUACAUAGCCUCCUCAACAAGCUGCAACCAGGAAUGAUAUCCCUUGAUCCGAACUUCAUCGGUAAUUUGGAUGUACGUUCGCAUGAAGCGCGACAGCGGGCAAAAGAUCUGGAUAGAAAGGAUGAGGAUCCAGUGGAGAGGGCGAAGAAUAGGGGCAGAGGACGAAACUCAGCUCUAAGGAAGAUGCUAAGAAAGGAAAGAAGCAGGAAUAUCAUCGAUGAGAAGCGAAGUCGUAUUGAAGAGAUAAUGAAGAAGCAAAAGAUGAGGGACGCGAAAAGAAUGAAACGUCAAGAGGAGACCUUUGGCCCUGCGCUUUCGAGAUUUGUAAAGAAGGGGGGUGGAUGAAAUAGGAUCCCAGAUGGCUGAAUUUACAAGGAGCAAGGUCUCUUCUCCAUGAAAAAGAUGGAUCAGUCUGGUGAUAUCGGACAAAGCUCCUGAUUUUUGUGCUUAUAAGACGGGAAUACUCGAAGCGAGCGAAAAUGGUUCAUACUUGUUGGAACAUGACCACUAAUUAAGCAGUCGCUCUUCUCAUCCAUCAAGUUCUGACAGUAACUCACAAAUCUCUUGUGCGAGAAUUAAGAUAUUUGCACGACUAUAGACUAUACAUAUGCCUUUAGGUGGUGCUACCCAUAG